AUGGCGACAGUGUCGCUCCUUAACGUCUCCGUCCGCAACAACCCCGCCGCCUUCACCGACCCCUACGAGUUCGAGAUCACCUUUGAAUGCCUUGAGCCACUGCAGAAAGACCUCGAAUGGAAGCUCACCUACGUUGGAUCUGCGACAUCAUCCGAGCACGACCAGGAACUCGACUCCCUCCUCGUCGGCCCUAUCCCAGUCGGUGUCAACAAAUUCGUCUUCGAAGCCGACCCGCCAAACACCGCCCGCAUCCCUGCCACCGAAAUCAUUGGCGUGACUGUGAUCCUCCUCAGCUGCUCCUACGACGAUCGCGAGUUCGUGCGCGUCGGCUACUACGUCAACAAUGAGUACACGGACGAAUCGCUUGCCGAAGAGGCUCCCGCGAAGCCUGUGAUUGAGAAGGUGCGACGCAACAUUCUGGCUGAGAAGCCGAGAGUGACACGAUUCGCGAUCAAAUGGGAUAGUGAGGAGAGUGCGCCGGCUGAGUUCCCGCCGGAGCAGCCGGAUGUUGAUGCUGAGGUAGACGAUGGAGCGAACUACGGCGCUGAAGAGGAGGAAGAGGAGGAAGUAGAGGCUGAAGCCGAGGGCGAGGCAGCUGCGAAGGGUGCAGAUGUGGACAUGGAAGGCGCGGAAGCGAACGUCAAGGAGGUGGACGAAGAGUCUGAGGCCGGCAGCGAGGACCUCGGGGAGGAGAGCGAGGACGAUGACGAAGAGGAGCUGGAGGAGGAGGACGGUGAGGGCGAGGCAGAGGCAAAUGGUGAUCACGACAUGGAGAUGGAUGAGGCCGCGCCCAAGGAGCCCGCGAACGGUGUCGCUGGGAAUCAACAUCAGGCUGAUGUGAUGGUGCACUAG